CAGGUGGCGAUCCAAGUUGCCUGCCGAGGUCCGAGCGGCCGCAGCACCCGGCCAGCCGUGUUGCCUGUUCUGGCCACCGCCGCACAACCGCCCUGACGCCGCCGUACUGCCGUGGCUGGGCCCUCGCGCGCCCCUGCAGCGGGCCGUGCGAAGAGCCAUAGCGCCAGUAGCAAGCCUAGUCAAUAAGGCUGUCUCUCGAUUGGGUCGAGGAGCGUACGAUGUCCUUAAGGCAAUGGAUGUACCUGCCGACGAGCUCGUACCAACCACCAGUGACGCCGCCAACGAUGGUAACGGCGAUGACAGCAGCACACCAACUGAGGAAGAGCACCGACGGCGGCGCCAACGUCGGCCGUUGGGCGCAAAGGCGGCGGCACCACCGCCGCUGUCGCCCCUUCCAGCUUACAGACGCGACGCCGCCGGAGUUGGCACAGGCGCUGUUAGCGUGGCGUACGACGGAGGGAAUGGUGGCGGCGAUGACGACGACGCUGCUGCUGCCGGCGGCGGCGGCGGUCUUGCAGCAGACUGGUUGCUUUUUGUGCGACUGGUGGUUCGGGGCUGCAUGGAGGC